GGAAAGAAACAAGCAGGAAGCUCCUCUUCUCUGUAAAUUCACUGCCAAACAAGAUCGUUUCUUCAUUCUUGUAAUUUUGAACGAUGACUGGGGAGUUGACCGAGAACUCUUCGGACUCUGGCGCCGGAGAGGGCUGCAUGGGUCUGCUAAAGACUCUGGCGCGCGAGGAGAUUUUGGAGGUUUUGUCUGAAGGGCUUUGCCGGCAGUGUCAACCUCUUCUGGAGGCUCGUAUUCACCGCAUUCUCAACAGAAAAAUGAGUGAAAAACCCAAAUGGAAUGAUAGCAUUGAAGGUUCAGAAUCUUUCUACAGGAGGCCUCAUAAGCGAAUGCGUAAUCUCCAGAGCUUUCCCAGAACACCUGAACCCAGCUACUCGUCAAGGCGGAAAAGAUCCACAUCUAAAUAUUCUGGUGAAUCAUUUGAGCAUUCGGAUUUCAAAAUAUCACUGAAUGAUGGACUCAGCAGAGUUUCCUCUGGGGUUGAUAGUGAGUUAUCUGAAGAGGGAAAGGAGCUUAUUCGGAUUAAACAAAUGUGCUUCAACGACUUUGUCCACAUUGAGAGGAUAAAUCAGAAACCAAUAAAUGUGCUUAAAGGCCUAGAGCUUCACACUCAGGUUUUUAAUACCGAGGAGCAGGAGAAUAUUGUGGAUUAUGUCUACAAGUUGCAAAUAAUGGGGCAAAGAGGGGAGCUGAGAGAACGUACAUAUUCAGAACCUAGAAAGUGGAUGCGUGGUAAAGGACGUGUCACAAUACAAUUUGGCUGCUGUUACAAUUAUGCAAAGGAUAAAAAUGGGAACCCUCCAGGCAUAAUAAGAGAUGAAGAAGUGGAUCCCAUACCACCUCUGUUUAAGAAAGUUAUCAAGAGGAUGGUUAAAUGGCAGGUUCUGCCUCCAACAUGCAUCCCUAACAGUUGCAUUGUCAAUAUAUAUGAAGAAGGCGAUUGUAUUCCCCCUCACAUUGACCAUCACGACUUUGUCCGACCAUUUUGCACUCUUUCAUUGUUGAGUGAAUGCAAGAUAGUGUUUGGUUCGACUCUGAAGGUUGUCGGUCCCGGGGAGUUUUCCGGGCCUUUCUCUCUACCACUGCCUGUCGGAUCGGUGUUGGUUCUAAAAGGUAAUGGAGCUGAUAUUUCUAAACACUGUGUUCCAGGAGUCCCAGCAAAAAGGAUUUCCAUAACUUUCAGGAAAAUGGAUGAGAGCAAACUGCCAUACAAGUUUUUGGCCGACCCUGAAUUGGUUGGAAUCAAGCCUCUGCCUCUGCACUACCCGGAUCAGAAGCACCCUGACUCUUUUCCCAUUGAGAAAGAUGAUUUUCCUCCACGACAAAGCUUAAAUGCAUCGAACAGAUUCAGGGCCAGCGAACGCAGAUCAAAUCGACGAAUUUUUUGACACUUUUGUUCAUAAAUUAUGAAGUAAGUAGUGUUUGUUGGAUUGAAUGUUUUCUUUGAUCCUUUUCUGUAACCUUCUUGUGUGUCUCCUCAUAUGUAGUACUAUGAUAUAUUUGAUUUUUCAUUUACUUUUUAUUGAAGCAAAUAUAAAUAAACAAGAUAUUAUGUUU